AUGACGACUUUAAAAAACUUCACAAAGAGAUCGUCUAGAAUUUUCAAGGGCAAAAAGAAUGCCGCUCCAGACUCCGCUGCGUCUGCUCCUAGCUCUGCUGAUGAUCAAUCUGCCGCCUUCGAUGAUGACGAGGUGAACGCUUCAGCUAAUGUGUUGGACGGGACCGACGCCCAAUCUACUCAGGAUGUGCAACCAACUGUUACUAACGGUACUGCAAAAGAGCGUAAAACUCGUGCCACUGACGAAGAUGACAGUGACGAUUCUGAUGCUGCUCAAAAGAAGGCUGCUGAAAAGAAGGCUGCUGAAAAGGCCAAAGCUGCUGAGGACGCCAAAGCUGCCAAGGCUGCCGAGGAGGCCAAGGUAGCUCAAAAGAAAGCUGCCAAAGUCCAGAAGGAAAACGAGGCCAAGAUUCUGAAAGCCAACAAACAACUUGAGGAUGCCGAGAAACAAGCCGAAGAGGCUCAGAAGAGACUCGAGGCUGCUAGAAAGAGAGUCAACGACUUGAAAAAGUCUACCAAGAAAGCUGCAGAGGAGAUGAAGGAGAAGGGCGAAAACAUCAAAACUGAAGUGAAGCGCACUGAAGCAAAGGAGGUCAGAAAACCAGAUGUCUUCAAAAGAUUUUGGGCUAAGGCCAAGGGAACACCUUCUCCAACCGAAGACAAGAAUGAGGAAGCCGCCAAAGCUCCGGUCACUGCCAAAAAGGCUGCUGCCGCAGAUGCAGCUGAGAGCUCUGCUGAGGUAGCCGACGAUGCUUCUGAGCUUGUCGUGGCCACCGAUUCAACUCCACUUCAGACAGCCGAAGCUGAGUAG